CCAGAGGAGGAGAGGCCAGCGGGUCCCUGGCGGGGAGGAAGGCCCCGGAGCUCAGUAGCCCUGCCGCAGGCCCACCGGCCAUGGAUGGGACAGCCAGCCUGAGCGCCGUGGGCCGCCCCCAGCACGCCUCUGCCAUCCCCGUGCCCCGCGCUGCCUCGCAGAGCAGGACCCAGACCCCGGCGGCAUCACCCCAGCUGCGGCCGCGCCAGGCCAGCCUGGCCCUGAGCCCCCCGCGGGCAGUCUCCCCGAGACUGGGCAAGGCCGGCGGCCCUUCCAGGGGCUCGUCCCCUAAGGCCCCCUGGGGGAAAGUCUCCCCCAAGGCCACAGGGGCGCCCAGGGAGCUGUCUGAGGGGGCGGGGGCUCCCGCCGGCUCCCCCUGGAGCAGCCCCCGUGCGGCCCCCAAGGAGGCCCUGGCCAGCCGGGCUGGGUCGAGAAGAGCUGGAGAGACACGGGGCACCCCGGGGCAGAAGAGGGGGACCCAGGAGGGGACCGUGACCCGCCAGGCCCGCGGCAGGAGCCCCUCCCGUGCCAGCUCCCGUGGAGACACUCAGAUACUGGAGACUCCUGAAGCUCGAAAGCCCUCCAACCACCCAGGGAAAGAUCAGGGAGACGCUCCCGGCACAAGUCCCGGGGUGCCCAGGCCUCUGGAGCCUGAACCGCGGAUGGCGUCGGGGCCUCCUUCCCUGUCAGGCAGCCCCACGCGGAGCCCACGCCCGGCCCCGGGCGCCGUCAGCUUCGGCUCAGCUCACCCGCAUGGCCAGCCCGCCACAGCCACGGUGGCCCCUUUCCAGUACAGGGUCCAGGCCGACCCGGAGCCGGGCCCCCUCCGCCAAGGCAGCUGGGCCUCUGACGGCUACUCCAGCCCCCGCGGGUGCGCUGAGGAGGAACUCUCCAGCCGGG